AUGCCUGCCCAGGUGGCCGUCACAGAAGACAGUGCCGUGGAAUUGGGUGAUGUCGUGGCGGGUCAUCGGGUACAUCAGGACGACCGUGAUGAUCACGACGACGCCGACGACGGUCUCGAGCUUGAGCACCAGCCGGAUCCCGAAAAUGGACACCACGACGCUGAGCAGACUGAUAAUGAGGAUCCCGAUCUCGAUGGGCACCCUGCCGUUGCUCAUUGA